CCAAAAAACCCAAAAUGUGAAGACAAAAGUUGUAAUAAGUGAAAACAAGUUGAAGGCAUUUUUUUAUAAUGAUAUAAUGUAAUAAAAAUGUGUAAUAACUUUAUCACGAGGACAAGAACUAUAUUAUAAUUGAAGACAAGUAGAAAAAAUUCAACAAUUAUGAAAGGUUCAUCAAUGCAAAAUGACGAUGACAAAACCAAUAACGACAGCAGCUUUGAAUUUGAUAACGAUACCACAGGUGCAAAUGCAACUGACUUAAAUACUUCAACAGCUGAUUCCGAUUGCCUGGAUGAAGAUUCAGAUUCUAGAGAAGCCGCUUUAGCAAUCGAAGAAAAUUUACUAAGAGACGAUAACAAUGAGGAUACAGAAUACAAUACACCUGAGAAAACUGUUAAAUUCGCUGAGGAACAUACAGAAAUUAAAAUGGAAAGCCCUGAUAUCAUCUUACCUCAGUUAUCGGAUGAAAACAUGACAGCAGAACAGAGAGAAAUUGAGGCUGAGAAAGAAAAGCGUAGGGAGCUGAAGAGCAAACGGGAACUUGAGGAGGAGGAAUGUGAAAAGAUGCAAGUUCUAGUUUCUAACUUCACUGAAGAGCAACUUAAUAGAUAUGAAAUGUACCGGCGAUCAACAUUUCCUAAAGCAGCUGUUAAAAGAUUAAUGCAAACUAUUACGGGAUGCUCAGUAUCACAAAAUGUUGUUAUUGCCAUGUCGGGGAUAGCAAAAGUUUUUGCUGGGGAAGUUGUCGAAGAAGCCCUUGAUGUAAUGGAAGAGAUGGGUGAAACGGGGCCACUUCAACCUCGCUUUUUGCGCGAAGCAGUCAGAAGACUUCGAAAUAAAGGUCAAAUACCAAAAGGCAGGGCUUACAAAACAGCAUAUCGAUUGUGAAUGCAUCACAGAAAAAUUUAAUAUGAACUAGAUAAAUAAGUUUUUUUAUCCUUAUGAAAAUAUUACAUCCAAUUAAAUUUUAUGGUG